AUGGCGUAUACCCCAUCCCCUUCUCUUCCGCACCCUACGGGCCUGGGACGACGAGGCACGGCGAUGCGCGGGGGCGUAGGCCUGCUCAUGAAGUCUCUUCUGGGCUUGCUUGUUCUUGUCGUUAUUGCAUACUGGAUGCUGGAAGAGUCUGUUGUGAAUGUGAAAGACCCUUUUCGAUCUUUGAAGGAGAUGGUGUAUCAUUCAUGCUCACCGCCUGCAGGGCUUCCCGCCAAGCAGUAUGCCUUGGUGAUAGACGCGGGAUCGACGGGCUCGCGGAUCCACGUUUAUAGAUUUAAUCAUUGUGACGGUCCAUCGCUGACCCUCGAGGAUGAAAUCUUUCAACAACUGAAACCAGGACUGAGCUCUCCAAAGUUUGCAACACCUGAAGAGGCUGCAAAUUCAUUGGAUCCGCUAUUGAAGAUCGCGUUGGAAGCGGUACCGGCAAAUGUACAAAAGUGCACUCCUGUCACAGUGAAGGCGACUGCAGGACUGCGAAUGCUCAAGGAUGGGAAAGGCGAGCAGAUAUUAAAGGCCGUCAAAACCAAGCUGCAAACGGAAUACCCAUUUGCGCUGAUCGAGCCUGAUAGUGUUGCUAUCAUGGCGGGGAAAGAUGAAGGAGUAUUUGCGUGGAUAACAGUAAACUAUCUUUUGAAGCGGAUUGGUCAGAAGGAUCGCAAAGAAACAGCGGCAAUCAUGGAUCUGGGCGGUGGAUCUACGCAAAUUGUUUUUGAGCCGCAUCCAUCAACCCCCAUGGAGCCUGGGGACCAUAAAUAUGAAUUGCAAUUUGGCGACCAUAAGUCGAAAGCGACUGAAGCAAGCCGGUGUUGCCGGUAA